AUGGACCGCUUGCGGCGGAUUUCCCGCCACCUCCUUGCAGGGGAUGAGCUCGGCCUCUCCCCAGAGAGCUGCGCCGCGGCUGCUUCUUCGGCACAGCCAUCAGAAGAUGCGAAACAAAGGAAGAGUAAGUUCGUGGACAUCAUCCGGACCUACAUCAUGGAAACCCACAGGCUUCGGACCACUGGAGAGACGCCAUCGAUGACUCUGCAUGAAGUGCUAAUGAUGCAGCCUCCGUAUUCCAAACGAACUGGUCUGGGCAAGCAGUUGGAGAAAGCAGAGGCCAAGGGCUACCUGGCAGCGCUCUCGCUGCUGCCUGGACCCUGGGCUGAUGCCCAGACACGCGAGGACAAGCUGCGGCUUUUGGAGCUGGACUGGAUGGCACAGCAGGAGGGUAUCCAGCUGCAGCUCUAUGCGGCCUACCAGGAACGUUAUGGUGACAAAGGUCUUGGAAGCAACAUUGUGGUUCCGUCGGUCGUCAUGCACAGUAAAGUCACGGAGAAGAUCACUCCAGAGAAGCAGUUAACGCCCUUGGACAGCGCGAUUGUGCAGAGGAUCGUGGCGCGUGUCAUUGUUGCUGAUCCUGAAGAUGCUGAGCGAGUCGCACGCAUUCACGUGCGCAAGGAGCCGAACUUCGGAGUCCUCAUGGACAGCAUCAUCUCGACCACAGACAAUGAGCAUUGGCGGGAGCAACGACAGCAUCUUGUCGAGGCCUUCCUCCCUCUCUCGUCGCUCGCGGAGAUAUUGCCAGUGUCCCUUGCACGUGCAAAGGACUGUGCCAAUCGAUUGGGCAGCCUGGCCAAAGACGGGCAGCCGGUCGACAUGAGCGAUUUCUUGUUGCACGAAGCACAGGCCCAACUGCAGCUGGCCCUUUUGGGAGCACCGGAGUCCUUGAUGGAGGAGACCAACCAAGGCAUUCGGAAGACCUUCAUGUUCCAUCCAGACGCCAAACUCGGCGACCUGAGCAAUGCGAUGAAGGAACUCAUGAAGGUGGCACAAGAGGAUCGAACUUUAGGCCUUCCUUCCGACGGAUGUCCUGUAAGAGGACCCUUAUCAAGGGCCUUGCAGACAGGGAAUUUCCAUGCAAGCACUGACUACGGGAACCUGCUUUUGAUCCUCUUUGCUGGCCAUGACACCACAGGUCACACCAUGACUUGGUUGACCUUCGAGCUUGCCCGCCAUCCGGACAUACAGCGCAAGGUGCAGGAGGAAGUGGACCACUUCUUCCGGUGCCUGAAUGGGCGUGACCCAACCUACCAGGACUUGAGCAAGUUUGAUGUCUUGGACCGAUGCAUCACAGAGACGCUUCGCUUGUGGCCUGCUGUGGCAAAUGGCACCUUCAGACAACUGCAGUUUGCAGAAGAGCUCAGGGCCAACGGUGAAAGCAAGGUCACUCUUCCCAAGGGCACGUUUGUGACCAUCAGCAACUGGUGUCGUCACCGCAACCCAGAGCUUUGGGGAGCCGACGCGGACAGCUUCAACCCUUGGCGGAGCUUCGCCUCUGAGGAGCUCGCCCGCGUGGGCUGCCCCAUGGCCGCCCGCACGCCGCAGUCCGCCCGCUUCUCGCCUUUUGCCCACAACCCCCGCAGCUGCUUGGGAAAGAACUUUGCACAGAUGGAAAUGAGACUGAUACUGUCCUACUUGUUCCACAAGUUCAGCUUUGCCCUGGCGCCACCCUACGACGCCCUUAUGGAUACAACCACCAAGGCAUCGGACACCAAUCCCAGGACCUUUCGUGGCAUCAACUCGGGUGGCACCAUGGGGCCCAUGGACCUUGAGCAUGGAGGUUCUGUUUCGGAGGAUGAGCGCUUCCUGGUUGCGAUGAAGCUGCGCGUUGCGCCCACAAGCGCUCAAGCUCAAUGGCAUGCUCGACAUCGCAGAGCAUCAGAUGUCCAGGACACUCUGUACGAAAGCUGCGAGGGUGAAUUCGUCAGCAAUCGUGGAGAGCAAGCAGGUCUCUAUGGUUCCCAAGGCUCAAAAAAGACAGGAGUUUCCUUCAAGUUUCAGCCUUCCUGA